AUGCCCACUUCCCCGCCCCGAGACCCUGACCCUAUCCCGCCGCGCCUCCUUCCCCUCGAGUCCCCGCCCCUCGCGGCUCAGGCCCAGCCCUCCCGGAGGCGCGGACGAGGCUGCGAGCGGGCGGGCGGACGCACGCGCCCGCGGUCCUCUCAGCGGCGGAGGGGCGCACAGGCCGGCGCACACCCUCGUCUCGGCGAGUGGGCCGAGACUCGCCCGCGCUUCCCGGGGCCCCCGCUCCGAGUCUCCGCGCACGCGCGCUCCCGCCGGCCGGACCCCGCAGGCUCGCCCCUCCGAGGCCCCGUCGGCUGGCGGCCCGGGCGCGCGCGCACGCCGGCCGGGCACGCGCGCCCGCCAAGAUGGCAGGGGCCGGGGCCCAGCUGUCAGCCGCCGUCGCCGCCGCCCUUCCCCGCAGCUAGCGGCCCAGAGCCCGCCCGAGAAGAUGAGCCCCCGGCGUCCCCCGCAGCCCAGCCAGACGCGGAGUCGCCGCGCCCGGGGCCGGCUCCCCCGCUAGCGCCAGCGCCCGCGCCCCGCGCCCGCCCAGCCGCGACCAUGAGCCUCGUCCCCUCGCCCUCCAUCGCGCCGCAGGAACGCGCGCAGCCCCCAGAGGCGGCUCUCGGGGGUUUGUCCCGCGCCGGCGAGCCCGGGGCGCCGGGUCUGGAGAGCGGUGCCGGCCGCAGGAGCCCAGGUGCCCGCGCCCUGUCGCUGCGCCCUUUCCUCCUCUCCAGAGCUGACUGUGCGCCCCCUUUUUUGCAGUAA